CCUGUGCCUGCUUGUCUAUCGUCGACCAGUGCACCCUCACCGUCUCCGAUAAGUCGGUAUUUUGCAACUGCUCCACAUCGGUUUUCCGGCGUCUUUAAACAAUUACGAGAAGUCUCGUCGGACGGUCACGCUGCACUUUAUUUGCAGGGUUUAGGGUUUUGGCUGACUUUCAAUUUGAGGAUUUUGUUCAUUGUUGUUUCUACAGGCUUCUCUUACUUUUUCGGUUCUUUUCAUGCGAUUUCAUUACGGGCUCUAUAAUGAUUGAGAUCAAAGAGAAGCCAAAGAAAGGAACAAUCAGUAACGAAGAUAGUUCCGCCGUAUUGGAAAGAUAUUCAGUAAGGACGAUAUUUACUUUGCUUCGGGAGGUGGCUCAUGUUUCGGAAGUGAGAAUUGAUUGGGACAAGUUGGUGAAGAACACGUCAACUGGGAUUUCUAAUGUUCGGGAGUAUCAGUUGUUAUGGCGGCACUUGGCUUAUCGUCAUACGUUACUGGAAAACGUGGAUUCUGUUACUGAUCCAUUGGAUUAUGACAGUGACUUGGAUUUUGAAAUAGAACCUUUUCCAUCUGUUAGCAAUGAGUCCUUGAAUGAAGCUGCCGCAUGUGUGAAGGUAUUGAUUGCUAAUGGUAUACCAAGUGAGUCAGAUGUUCCAAGUAGUUCUGUAGUUGAGGCCCCAUUGACUAUCGGUAUAUCAUCGAACAGUCGACCAUUUAGAGCCAGUCUUGAAAAUCCUCAAUCUGCUUGUUUGAUGCAAGGAAUGUAUGUUACCUUUCCUAUUUCGGUUCAGAGACAGCCUCUUCCAACACCAUCAGCAACUGAAGUAUUUGACGUGAAUGGAGCAGCUGGUGGCAAUGCAGCUUCUCGAAAAAGAAGAAAACCUUGGUCGAAGACGGAGGAUUUGGAAUUGAUGGCUGCUGUGGAGAAGUAUGGUGAAGGGAACUGGGCAAAUAUCUUGAAAGCAGACUUCAAGGGGGAUAGGACUGCGUCACAGCUAUCUCAGAGGUGGUCCAUUAUUCGGAAGCGACGUGGUAAGUUGAGUGUGGGAGCUAACACCACAAGUACUCAGACAUCUAAAGCUCAGAUUGAUGCUGCACACCGCGCAUUGUCCCUUGCCCUUGAUUUGCCUGUGAAUAACUCAAAAUCAGCAGCAAAUUCAAACAUGAAUAGUAGCACUGUCUCUUCUACAAGUGGUGCCGAAGCUCCGGUUCAAAUACAGAAUCAGUCUCCACAGGUUCUCGUGCCUUUACGGCCUCUGCAGGUGAAGCCUUUACCUUCAGCAGCGAAAUCAGGAAUCAACACUGCCAAGAAUACGUUGAUGAUGAAGUCUACUCACAAUUCUGAUUCUAUAGUUAGAGCCACUGCUGUAGCUGCAGGGGCCCGGAUUGUUUCUCCAUCCGAUGCUGCGUCUCUAAUGAAAGCUGCACAGACUAAAAAUGCCAUCCACAUAAAAUCCAAAUGUGUUUCUUCAAUCCAGCCACCCGUGCUUGGUAAUGCAUCGACGCACUUGGAUGCACGGCCCAGUGUACAUUAUAUUUCUACCGGAAGAACAGCAACUCCAGGCUCAAACUACGUCGGUGGUAAAUCUACUAUGGCUGGUAAAUACUCGAUGAAGUAUGUCUCCCCAAAAGCUCCGUAUAAUUGUUCUACUGCUGUUUCGACAAACCCACCAUCAAAUCAAAUAAGCCCAACAACUGAGUCUCCAUUGAAGCAAGAGGUUAAGAGUUCAGAAGAAUGCAAAAUUUCCAAGCCAAUCAUUACUUCGAAAGACGAUUUUCGAGAAAAUAGAACUGUCGUAAGAGAUGUCUUUGCUUCACAAAUAUCAGAUUGGGAAUCGGGAAGUCGUUCAACUUGCAUUGAGAAUCAAAAUACUUCUUUGAAUAUGGAGAUAGAUGAAAAUGAUAUUAAAGCGGCAUGCCCCAAGCAGGACGAAAAUAAAACGAAGGCAAAUGAUGUCAAGAUUAGGGGGUGACCAAAUGUAGAAGGAAACAAGAACAAAUCUAUACCAUAUAAUCAUGGGAGCUAUAGCACAAACAACGAACAGCAGAAUUCGACAUUGCAGUAGGUAGAAGCACAAAAAUUGUAGGUACCAUUGUACAAAUGAUGAACAGCCAAGCUCCACGAGCAUAGUAUUAGUAGGCGAAUGCACAGAAACAUCAGUAAGUGUAAGUAGUGGGUUAUACAGCAACAAAGAAUUCCAGGUUUUCUUGCUAGAGAAUGAACAUUAAUUUUUCUGUUUU